GGAAAAUUGAUAUAAGAGUUUAUUAUCAUUGAAACUUUCCAUUUACAUCGUUUCGGAACAAGAAUAGCUGGAGUAUUAGAUAAAAAAAUGAUAUUAUUGCAGAGCACCGAUUUCAUGCGCAAGUUCAUCAAUUUGCUCCGCUACGAUGGAGCCAACAGUUCUCUCAGUUUCAUCUUGUUUACCAUCACUGAGUUUCUGGUGCUGUCAAACAUUCUCCUGGUAUUCUUGAAUGAAACAGACAACGUGGAAAAAUGUGUUCUAGCAGCGAAAGACUUUGUAACGUUGGCAUACUUGUACACAAGUGUAUACAAGCGAUUCCAGCAACCACAAGCAGGCAUAAGAUUGACUGAGACAAUUGAGGAAGAGUACCUCAUCGACUGCUAUCGUCUGGAUUACAACGAACAAAAAUGGAGAGACAUAAAACAGCAUUACGAGAACAACAGGAGUCAUUUAGAACAGACGGGCCGUUUAUUCAACAAAUUGACCAUAUCAUGUAUGGCUGGAGUAAUAACCAGAUACGCCAUUUUUGAUUUAGCAAAGUCACUUUUUGGAGGUAGAUCGAUGAGAGGCAAGCCAACUCCUUUCGUCGCAUAUAUUCCGCCCGACGUCGACCAGACAGAUUUUAUCGUUUACAUAUUUGUGUUGCAAGUUUUUCUAACAGCUAUAUUUCAUAUGGAAGAUCCGUGA